AUGGCGUCCGAGUCGCUGCAGGCUGGGGUGUACGCCUGUGUUGUCAUCACAUUCGUCGCCUCGUCGAUAACGCUCGCGUUGCGCUUCUACGCCCGCAAAAUCAAGAAUGUGCAAUUGUGGUGGGAUGAUUGGUUCGCUGUCUUGUCAUUUGCUGGCUGCAUCGUCUACGAUAUUUCAGUCUUUUUCCUCAUCACAAAGGGUCUAGGACUGCAUCUCGAUGAUCUGCCCGUGCCGAUAGAAGAAGCCCGGUAUUAUCAACGCAUGGUGCAGGAAAUUGAAGAGCAUGCGUAUACGAUUGCGAUAGGCGCGGCCCAGCUGUCGCUGUUGGCGCUCUACUGGCGUCUCUUUCAGGCCAUUACACCGGCACGGCUGGCUGUGCUGCUGCUCACGGCGCUGGCGUCGACGUGGUUCAUUGUGCGCCUGUUGGUGGCCGUCUUCCAAUGCUACCCACCCCGAUUCUUCUGGGACAAGAGCAUACAAGGAAGAUGCACUGUAAACCCAGCGCAAUUUUUCCUUUGGUCGGUUUCGACACAUUUGGUCAUCGACCUGACGUUGAUCGUCCUGCCUGCAACCCAGAUCAGCCGUCUGUCACUGCCAUUAAUGCAAAAAGCCGCCAUUUUGUGCAUGUUCAUGUUUGGAUUCAUGGUCAUGAUUGCAUCAAUCAUGAUGCUGGUCGUCUCUUCACACUACGACUCCUAUGCCGACGAUACAAUGUGGAACUGCGCACCGAUUGUCAUAUGGUCAGCGGCAGAAGUCCACCUCAGCGUCAUGACUUGUUGUCUUCCCAUCCUUCGACCCAUUGUCGUCGCUUUUGGCGGCUGGUGGAGCCACAACUUUCGAUCGCGAGGCAGCCAGACGUCGCGCUGCACCAAGAGUAGCAGCGUGAAGCUGUCCAAGCUGUCGGGCAGCAGCGGUCGCAAGAAGAACAAGCUGGGCUCGGGGGAGUCGACCUGCGAGCUGGCCACGACCGACACGGCCAACGAGGCGACGUACAUCUAUGGCCAGGGAUCCGGCCCCGACACGGUGGUCGAGGGCAAGCGCGGAUCCGUCGACGACCACGAGCUCGAGUCUGGGUCGUCGGCUGAGCAGGGCAUCAAGGUGAAAUACGAAGUCACGCUGGACUUUACCGAACCAGCGGAUACGACGCAUACGCGGCAUAAUACGGAUUAA